AGGGACAGUCUUUUACCUCCACCCUGUCCAACUUUCUGACAGAAAUGGUCGCAGCAGUUGUUGGAAAGGUCUUUACGUUUUACGUUGUUGUACCGAAAGGGCGUAACGGUUGACCUCCACCCUUGAUUUUCCUUCCAUUCAAUCACCAGUUGCCAAUCACUCCAAAGAAAAUAUAUAUUUAGAAAAUUAAAUCCCAAACCUCCGAAAAGAUCCUAAGCUCAACCCAAAACCCUCCUCCUCGCUCCUCCGAUCCAUUACAGCGAAGCUGCAUUUAAGAAUUUAACAGAGCGGGUCCGGAGCCUAGCCCGGGCCCCACUUCCAGCACCCCAUCACUAUUUCCAUCUCUCUCUCUCUCUCCGAUCUCAUUCUUCUGUCGACUCCCCGUUAGUCGUCAUAUCUCUUACGGUCUGGGGUUGGUGCCUCAAAAAUAGGCGUAAAUAUAGUGAUAAUAGAUGGGUUCGAAGCCAUGGCUUUCCUCGGCUCCGACCUAUCGUAGCUUAGAGACCUACUGGGACACUGACGAGGACGCCCCUGGUCCCCGAUGCGGUCAUACUCUCACCGCCGUCGCCGCCACCAAAUCUCAUGGCCCCCGCCUCAUCCUCUUCGGAGGCGCCACCGCCAUUGAAGGCGGCGCCGCCUCCUCUGCCCCUGGCAUUCGGUUAGCUGGUGUGACCAACUCGGUUCAUUCUUAUGAUGUUCUCACCAGGAAAUGGACCAGAAUUAGGCCCGCCGGCGAACCACCGUCGCCUCGGGCUGCUCAUGCAGCAGCUGCAGUCGGUACCAUGGUUGUUUUUCAGGGUGGGAUAGGUCCGGCUGGACAUUCCACGGAUGAUCUAUACGUGCUGGACAUGACGAAUGACAAGUUCAAGUGGCACCGAGUGGUCGUGCAAGGACAGGGACCUGGACCUCGCUAUGGCCAUGUAAUGGAUUUGGUUGCUCAAAGAUACCUUGUCACUGUCAGUGGCAAUGACGGGAAAAGAGUUCUAUCUGAUGCUUGGGCUUUGGAUACUGCCCAGAAGCCUUAUGCAUGGCAGAGGCUGAACCCGGAAGGUGAUCGACCUUCUGCUAGAAUGUAUGCAACAGCUAGUGCCCGCUCAGAUGGCAUGUUUUUGCUGUGUGGUGGAAGAGACACUUCUGGCAUGCCACUUGCAGAUGCUUAUGGGCUGCUCAUGCAUAGGAAUGGUCAGUGGGAAUGGACUCUUGCACCAGGUGUAUCACCUUCCCCAAGGUAUCAACAUGCUGCGGUUUUUGUUGGUGCACGAUUGCAUGUUACUGGAGGUGCCCUCAGAGGAGGACGUGGGGUAGAAGGUGAAGCCGCUAUUGCAGUAUUGGACACUGCUGCUGGAGUUUGGUUGGAUAGAAAUGGGCUGGUUACCUCUUCACGCACAAGCAAGGGAUCCACUGAAUAUGAUCCUCCUUUAGAGCUUAUGCGUCGGUGUCGCCAUGCAGCUGCAUCUGUUGGUGUUCGAAUAUAUAUUUAUGGUGGUCUCAAGGGAGAUGUGCUGCUGGAUGAUUUUCUGGUUGCAGAAAAUUCACAAUAUCAGCCUGACAUUAGUUCUCCAGUAAUAACAUCUGAGAGAGCCCCACCAAUAACAAGUGCCAAAGUGAAUCAGUCUAAAAUGGUGAGAGCACCAACUUUGGAUGGUGGAACAGAGAUUCUUUCAUCUGGUGGCAUGAGCAGCAUGGACAAAAAUUCUAUGGAGAAACUGAGAGAAGCUUCUGCUGCUGAAGCCGAAGCAGCCAAUGCUGUCUGGCAAGCUGUGCAGGCUUCAUCUGCUGCUCCUGCUGAAGAGACGUCUGUAUCGGAUGAGAACUCCCAAGCAGAAACAGCUUCUGAUGGAAGUGAUACUGAGGCAGAUGUUCGUCUUCAUCCAAGAGCUGUUGUAGUUGCUAAAGAGGCUGUUGGUAACUUGGGUGGGAUGGUAAGACAGUUAUCUUUGGAUCAGUUCGAGAAUGAGAGUAGACGAAUGAUUCCCUUGAACAAUGAGUUGUCAUAUCCUACUAAAAAGUUCGCCAGGCAGAGGUCUCCUCAGGGUUUACAUAAGAAGAUUAUCUCUGCAUUGCUCCGGCCUCGGAACUGGAAAGCUCCUGCCAAUAGAAGGUUUUUCCUGGAUUCUUAUGAAGUGGGUGAGCUCUGUUAUGCUGCUGAGCAAAUCUUUAUGCAUGAGCCCACAGUUCUUCAGCUGAAAGCACCUAUUAAAGUAUUUGGUGAUCUUCAUGGACAAUUUGGUGAUUUAAUGCGGCUAUUUGAUGAAUAUGGAUUUCCUUCAACUGCAGGAGACAUAACGUAUAUAGACUACUUGUUUUUGGGUGACUAUGUGGAUCGAGGACAGCAUAGCUUGGAGACCAUAACUUUGCUCCUAGCUCUCAAGAUUGAGUAUCCUGAGAACGUUCACUUAAUACGUGGAAACCAUGAGGCUGCUGAUAUAAAUGCUCUCUUUGGUUUUCGCCUUGAAUGCAUCGAGAGAAUGGGAGAGAAUGAUGGAAUAUGGGCAUGGACACGAUUUAAUCAACUAUUUAACUAUCUUCCACUUGCUGCACUUAUUGAGAAGAAAAUAAUUUGUAUGCAUGGUGGCAUUGGGAGGUCUAUACAUUCGGUAGAACAGAUAGAGAAGCUUGAAAGGCCUAUAACAAUGGAUGCUGGAUCUAUAAUCUUGAUGGAUCUCCUUUGGUCUGAUCCUACAGAAAAUGAUAGUGUGGAGGGUUUGAGACCAAAUGCUAGAGGGCCUGGUCUUGUCACUUUUGGGCCUGAUCGUGUCACAGAAUUCUGUAAGAAGAACAAGUUACAGCUCAUUAUUAGGGCCCAUGAAUGCGUAAUGGAUGGUUUUGAACGGUUUGCUCAGGGACAGUUGAUAACUCUCUUUUCUGCAACAAACUAUUGUGGGACGGCAAACAAUGCUGGAGCUAUACUGGUAGUUGGCAGGGGGUUGGUCGUGGUUCCAAAAUUAAUUCAUCCCCUGCCGCCACCCCUUCAGUCUCCAGAGACAUCUCCUGAGCGUGUCAUAGACGAUACUUGGAUGCAGGAGCUUAACAUUCAAAGACCGCCAACUCCAACUCGUGGUCGACCACAACCUGAUCUUGACCGGGGCUCACUUGCAUAUAUAUAAUGUUACCUGACAAAUUUGGGUGCUUUACAACUUGUCAGAUUGGCAAUUCUGUAUUUCCCUGACAGGCUUGACCCAUCCUGGAUCAAAUAAGUUUUCCAACUGUGGCCGAUAUGCUGUGUUCCUGUUAUAUUCUGAGAGAUAGUUGCAGAAGAUAAAGUAUUAUCUGUUGUACACAUAGCUCAGGGAUGGUAGAUGUAGCUAUUAGCCAAUUGCUCAUAGUCUCCAGGUUUGUAAUAUAUGUACAAUUUAGAAUGGGAAGAGGUUGCUGCCACCAUAUAGAUAACUUAUAGGGAGAGUUUGUUUAUAGUGUGUUGUAAAAUAUAUUAUAGUAUACAACAAUCAAUUCAUUUAUAGUGUGUAAUUGCUUUUGAUGAUGCAAUUUUUCAGAACUAGUUUGGACUUCCAAAUUUGUAUGGUUUCCACUAUUUUUGUAAGGGUAUCAAAUUUUGGUUUGAGAAUUGCUGAA